GGGGUGCUCGGAAUGCCGGAAGUGACGCAUCCUGGCCGGUUGCCGAGUGACUGUCGGUGGGGUCGGGCUCCAUUUUGAGUUGCAACGUUAUCGUCGGAAGAAAAUGAGCGCCCGUGUGUUCAUCGGGAGACUGAGCCCUUAUGCCACUGAGAAGAAUGUGGAGAAAUUCUUCAGGGGUUAUGGGCGAAUUAGGGAAAUUGAUUUGAAGAAUGGAUUUGGAUUUGUGGAGUUUGAAGAUUACAGGGAUGCAGAGGAUGCAGUUUAUGAACUGGAUGGAAAAGAGUUGUGUAAUGAGAGGGUUACAGUGGAACAUGCUAGAGCACGUAGGGGGGGAGGAGGGCGAGGACCAGGACGAUAUCGAUUUGGUCAACUCCGUCCUCGUGGUGGAGGAAGAAAUGGACCACCGGUUCGUACAGAAAACCGAGUGAUUGUUGAGAAUUUAUCUUCCAGAGUUAGCUGGCAGGACCUGAAAGAUUUUAUGAGACAGGCUGGAGAAGUUACCUUUGCAGAUGCGCACAGGCACAAACUGAAUGAAGGGAUUGUUGAGUUUGCCUCAUACAGUGAUGUGAAGAAUGCUCUUGACAAACUAUCUGGCACAGAGCUCAAUGGAAGGAAGAUCAGACUGAUUGAAGAACGUAAACAAUACAGAUCUCGCAGCAGGUCUCGAUCUCGCAGUCGAAGUUCUUCCAGAUCUCGCUCCAGGGGCCGCAAGUCCUACAGUCGGUCUAGGAGUCGAAGCCGCAGUCGGUCACGCUCUGAGAGCAGAUCACCUGUUCCUCCCAAGGAACAGAGAGGCCAUUCCUCUUUGGCGUCUGGGGAUCAUGUAAGGUCACGCACACGAUCGCCUUCUGGUGAAAGCACAGAUUGAGUACGUUACUGUAGCAAAGUGGACUUUGACACGAGUGAGCAAAAGUUGAUGUGAAAUAUGUAAAGAAGUGAAUUUGUUUGAGAAAUGCAAAUUUUAAAUUGGUUAACUGCAAUACUUGCAUUUACUGAAGUAUAUUCACUUGACUUGUCACAUAUUUGAAAUGCUCCUUUAUUUGUUUGCUUCGCUUUCUUUAGAGAGGAAUCUAAAUUUGUAUCUUUUACUUUUUGGUAUUAAAUGUAAUGGUGUAAAUUACAUUUCUCUGAUGUACUCCUUUUAAGUAGAUUAGACAGUUAUUGGUUGGUGUAUGUGACAGAGUAAUUAGGUUACACACUUCUGAAACAUCAGUAUUUUAACAAAAAUUGCUAACAAAUGGCAAUGUAGUGUCCAAGCCUUCCCUUUAUUUACUGUGAUCCAAGACUACUGUAUAAUGCAGAUUUUUUCCCCCACUGUGAUGGAGUUACCAGUCAGAUAAAUAUAACUCCUAAAGAAAAAAAAACAGUAGAUUCCUGCUUCUUAAGGGGCAGGGGUCUGCAGUUUGUGUGUCAUUUCCAUUUUUGUAUUCUGAGAGAGAGCUGAAAGAAGUGUUGCUACAGCUCUACCUAGUGCUGUGAUCAUUUGUCAAAAGGUUGGUAGGAUGGGGGACAGGGUGGGAAUGUUUUCGGUUAUAGGGAGCAUUACUCAGACUCAACCAUGAAUAAUCACCGCCUUUCUCAGGACCUGCAUGUGAGCACUCUAUCCAGACUUAAGCUAUUAGAAGGGUUCACAUCCAUGCUGUAAAGCCGGUCCAUCAGUAACCAACUGUUGUAGGAGGGUGGGCUGGUAUCCCUACUCUCGGGUGCCAAUCUACAACUUUACUGUAUUACAAAGAAAAGCUAUACUGGAAAUUUCUGAAUAUUCAUUAUGAAGUGUUAAACUUAGACUUUAUCAAUGGUUCAAAGAAUCAUUUUGCAUUGGUCUCUGGUACAGAACUGUCAUCAAUUUCUUAGGGCUGCAAUUUCUGCAUUAGUUCCUCUGGAAAAAAUAAAAGUGCAUAAAUGAUGUGAUGCCAUCUGCACGGGUUUAUAAUAUCCAUCAAUUUCCUUCCAACAAUAUCAUUGUACAUUGAUGCCUAUUAAAACAAAUUACCUUGUUGCUAUAUUAAGAUAUUUAAAGUGUCUGCGGUAAUUCUGUGGUAACAAAGUGUGCUGUUGCUCUCAACCAGGCACAUUGUAAUCAGUUCAAUGAUUAGCAACUAAUCUUACGAAGUUGCUUCUAUCUCACUUUGAUUUUUUGAUCCUUGCUAACAUAUUUUUGUCAGAUCUGGACUGUUUUUGUCUGAUUGCCAUUUUUUCUAAUAAAAUACUUGGGAGUACUGUACAUAA